GUUGUUGCUUUCCCUACAGUUUUUUGGAUAAACAUUGUUGGAUUAUAAAAAAAUUAAUUUAUUUAAAUAUGAUUAGGAUAAUUAAUUCGCGAAUCAUUUCCUGUGUUUCUAAGCAGUUAACAAAACCUAUUGGUGCUCAAUUAUCAAGGAGUUUAUGCACAAAUGUGCCUAAACCACAAAAAGAAGAAGUUCAAGUGACGUUUGUACGUGCAAAUGGAGAGCGAGUUCAAUCGAAAGGAAAGGUUGGUGACAGUUUAUUGGAUGUUGUUGUAAACAAUAGUCUGGAUUUUGAUGGAUUUGGUGCUUGUGAAGGAACAUUGACAUGCAGUACAUGCCAUUUAAUACUCUCACAAGCCGAUUAUGAUAAACUUCCUGAUAAACCAUCAGACGAGGAAUUAGAUAUGCUUGAUUUAGCAUACGAUUUGGCAGAUACCUCACGUCUCGGAUGUCAAAUUUGUCUUGAGAAAUCCAUGAAUGGCUUGGAAGUAAAGGUUCCAGCAACAGUAAAUGACGCCAGAAGUUAAUGACAUCAAGCAUUCGUUAGAAUUACGAACAAAAUUUUAUUUUUUAAUACAGUUAAAUUUGAAUGUUAACAAUUCUGUAAAAGAUAAUACACAGUAAAUUCUUGAUUCUAUUAACUCCGUAGGUAUAGGCUUGUAAUAUAUGUUUCUUUCAAUAAAG